UGACUUUAUCAUCCUUAUCAUUUCAGAGAGAGACAGAAAGACAGGGAGCAUGACCAUAGUACCAUGAUGCUCCCGUGUGGCGUCUGGGGCAUGAUAAGGCAUGUGCUUUAGGGGGUGGGCUCUCCUGGCAUAGGCACAGAGCACUGAAGCCAAGUGACAGAGCUAUUCCUCUCUGGUGUCCAGGAGCCAUGACAGAAGAAGGUUCUGGGAAUCGGAACUGUUGUGUCAUUCGGAACUUUCUAGAAUGGUAGAAAGAGUCUUACACAAAGUUUGGGUUCUAGACCCUGUUCGGAUUCCAACUGGUUAUGCAAUUGAUAAAUCCCUCCUUUUCUCUGGACCUCAGUUUCCCCUCCUUCUAGAAAGCCCUUUCUCCCACCCCCCAGGUUAGCUUUAAUUCUCCCUACACAACACCCACCCAAGUUGGCUCUGGUUGGUUUUUUGAAUAUUUUGUUUUGUUUGCCUCCAGGAUUAGCACUGGGGCUCAGUGCCAGCACUUCAAAUCCACUGCUCCUGGUGGCCAUUUUUUUCCCAUAUUAUUGACUAGAACAAAGAGAAUUUGAGAGAGGAGGGGAGACAGAGAGAGAGAGAAAGACAGACACCUGCAGACCUGCUUCACUGUUUGUGAAGUGACCCUCUACAGGUGGGGAGCCGGAUCCUUGAGCAGGUCAUUGUGUUUUAGACUUAACUGGGCACGCCACCCCCUCCCAAAUUGGCUCUAGUUCCAGAAGCAGCUUUGAACUGAAGUAGAAAGGUCUUGCUCAUGAGAGUCGCACCCUUUUUUUGAGUUUCUCUCUGAAAGCUGGGGCGUAAACACAAGUCCCCAGGAGAGGAUCUGGCCUUGACAAGUUGUAAGUCACCAGAGGGGAAGGUGAUUCUGGGCCUCUGAGUGAGGCCUGGAGUGGGGGAGGGGCAGCAUCCAUUGUGAUGACCUCAUCUGCUCUGUGACAUCAUCCUCUCUCUUAACCCCCCACUCCUCCCUGAUCAACUGCUCUGCAAACAACCAUCAAUCUGAAUCCCAAAGACCUGCGAAAGUCUGUCCUCCAGUACCUGCUCCCCACCGUCUGCCUCAGCCAGCAAGACGCACCAUGAAACUGGAAUUCACAGAGAAAAACUACAACAGCUUCGUGCUGCAGAACCUGAACAAACAGAGGAAACGAAAGGAGUACUGGGACAUGGCCCUGACUGUGGACCACCACGUCUUCUUUGCACACCGCAAUGUGCUGGCCGCCGUCUCCCCGCUGGUGAAAAGCCUCAUCUCCAACAACGACAUGAAGACCACCGACGAGCUCUUCAUCACCAUCGACCCCAACUACCUGAGCCCAGCCACCGUGGACCAGCUUCUGGACUACUUCUACAGCGGCAAGGUGGUGAUCUCCGAGCAGAAUGUGGAGGAGCUGCUCCGGGGGGCCCAGUACUUCAACACACCCCGCCUUCGAAUCCACUGCAACGACUUCCUCAUCAAGUCCAUCCGCCGCGCCAACUGCCUGCGUUACCUCUUCCUGGCCGAGUUGUUCGAGCUCAAAGAGGUGUCGGACUUGGCCUACUCGGGCAUCCGAGACAACUUCCACUACUGGGCCAGCCCCGAGGGCUCCAUGCACUUCAUGCGCUGCCCGCCUGUCAUCUUUGGCCGCCUGCUCCGAGAUGAGAACUUGCACGUCCUCAACGAGGACCAGGCCCUCAGCGCCCUCAUCAGCUGGGUGUACUUCCGGAAGGACGAACGGGAGAAGUACUUCAAGAAGUUCUUCAACUACAUCAACCUGAACGCCGUCUCCAACAAGACACUGGUGUUUGCCAGCAACAAGCUGAUGGGCAUGGAGAACAGCUCGGCGCACGCCACCCUGAUCGAGAGCGUCCUCAUGGACCGCAAGCAGGAGCGGCCCACCAGCCUGCUGAACUAUCAGCGCAAGGGGGCCCUGCUCGACUCGGUGGUCAUCCUGGGCGGUCAGAAGGCCCACGGCAAGUUCAACGACGGGGUGUUCGCUUACAUCAUCCAGGAGAACCUGUGGAUCAAGCUCUCCGAGAUGCCCUACCGCGCGGCCGCACUCAGCGCCACCUCCGUCGGCCGCUACAUCUACAUCUCGGGGGGCACCACCGAGCAGAUUUCAGGGUUGAAGACGGCUUGGCGAUAUGACAUGGAUGACAACUCCUGGACCAAACUGCCCGACCUGCCCAUUGGGCUCGUCUUCCACACGAUGGUGACCUGCGGGGGGACCGUGUACUCAGUGGGUGGGAGCAUCGCCCCCCGGCGCUACGUCUCCAACAUCUACCGCUACGACGAGCGCAAGGAGGCCUGGUGCCUGGCCGGGAAGAUGAGCAUCCCGAUGGACGGCACGGCCGUCAUCACCAAGGGGGACCGCAACCUGUACAUUGUCACCGGGCGCUGCCUGGUGAAGGGUUACAUCUCCCGGGUGGGCGUGGUGGACUGCUUUGACACCAACACCGGUGACGUGGUCCAGUGCAUCACCUUCCCCAUCGAGUUCAACCACCGGCCGCUGCUCUCCUUCCACCAGGACAACAUCCUGUGCGUGCACAGUCACCGGCAGAGCGUGGAGAUCAACCUGCAGAAGAUCAAGGCCAACAAGACGACCGCCUCCGUGCCCCUCCUGCCCAACAACUGUCCCCUAGAUGUGUCCCACGCCAUCUGCGCCGUUGGGGACGGCAAGGUGUUUGUCUGCGGAGGCGUCACCACAGCCAGUGAUGUCCAGACCAAGGACUAUACCAUCAACCCAAACGCGUACUUGCUGGACCAGAAGACGGGCGAGUGGAAGACCCUGGCCCCCCCACCAGAAGCUCUGGACUGCCCUGCCUGCUGUCUAGCCAAGCUACCAUGCAAGAUUCUUCAAAGGGUUUAAACAACUUUUUAAGUGGGAGAAUAAGUAAAUGCAUUAUUAUUCAAAAUUUAAUGAGAGAGAGAAAGAGAGGA